AUGGACGGAUUUCUUCACACGCCGUCCGGCGCAUGUGGUGGCGGGGAGAGCCCCAAGAUGGCACUGACCUCGCCAGCCUCCCCAGUGGGCUCUGAACUAACGGUGCUUGACAGGAUUGAGGAAGAAUUGAGGACCAUGGCUGCUGCUAUGGCCACUAAGGCCAACUUACAAAUUCUCACCUCCACAAUUCAGGAGGCGGUGCAGGUGGAGGUGGCAGGCCUGCGGACUGAAGUAACCACGCAGGAGGGCCGAAUCCACACACUGAAGCACUUGGCUGAGGCCCAGUCGGCUCGUAUUGCGGCCUCUAAUUCUGCGGUGGCCCACCAAGGUGGGAAGCUGCUUGCCAUGAGAUGCCAUCUGGAGGACUUGGACAACAGAGGCCGACGAUGUAACAUCAGGGUACGGGUGGUACCUGAAGUGGACGGGGAGAAAAAAGUGGAAGAGACGCUCUCCGGUCUGCUCAGGGUGCUUCUACUGAGAACUGUGCCAUCAUAG